AUGCGACCAUUACAACCUCGAUCUAUUCCUUUCCCGGUCAUAGAUGGAAAUGGUAAAAAUCAACAAAACUUGGCAAAUUUCGACAAUCUUGCAGCUAUUCUUCGAUAUCGUGCUACCAAUGACAAUCAUCAACUUGCUUCAGCAUUUACGGUGGUGGAUGCGAAAGGAAAGGAACCAGUCUCUAUCUCUUGGGAAAAACUGAAUGCAAGAGCAGAAAAAAUCGCCAUGACCAUUCGAAAUAAGGCUGGAUUACAAAUGGGCGAUCGUGUGGCGUUGAUCUAUCGAAAAUCGGAAGUAUUGGACUUUAUUGUGGCUCUGUUUGGUUGCUUCUUGGCUGGAAUGGUAGCUGUACCUAUCAAUGCUGCUGAUGAUCUCUCUGAACUUUCUUUUAUUUUGAAUUUGACAAGUGCCAACCUGAUUUUGACAACGGACUUCAAUCAUCGGGCUUUCAUCAAGGAUAUGCAAACUCGAUCCAUGGAAAUACCUGCGAACGUAGAAUGGUGGAAAACAAACGAUUUUGGAACAUGGUAUCCGACAAAGAAGGUGAAGGAUCAUCCUCCUAUCAAGGUUCCUGAAUUGGCUUAUAUUGAAUAUGCAAAAGCAGUGAAUGGAGAACUCAAAGGUGUUACCAUUACACAUCAAGCUAUCAUGGCGGAAGGACGGAUGUACAAAGCGUCAGUGACAGAAACAGAAGUAUCUAUUAAUGACUCUGACAAUACUUUAAAGGUGACUCCAAAACAAAAUAACUAUGGUGGAUUUGAUACAGUUGUCAGUUAUUUGGAACCAAGGCAGCAAAUAGGUAUGGUGUUAUCAGUCUUAUGUUCAGUUUAUUGUGGAAAUCAUACUAUAUUCACAAGUGGCAGCAUUAUUGACACGCCAGCAGUUUGGAUCUAUGUUUUAUCCAAAUACAAAGCAACCAUCGCCUUGUCGGAUUAUUCAGCUUUGAACAGGAUUACAAAAUAUUAUCAAGACAACGCGAAAGAAGUACAUAAUCAUAGCAAGAAAGUUGCACCUGAUUUAUCAUCUUUACGUUAUCUCUUUAUCGACAGUUGUGUAUCCAAACCUGACUUAAACCAGCUUGUUGCGGAAAAGUUAUUACGACCUUUGGGAAACAAUGAUGAUCCUAUGAGCGUUGUUUGUCCUGUAGCAUCCUUGGCUGAACAUGGUGGUAUGAUUCUCAGUAUGCGUGACAAUGUAGGACCAGCUCAAUUGGAAGGAUUUGAAAAUGGACAUGAUAGACAAUCUGUGAUCGCGGAAGGACAGUCUAGUGAUGUAUGGGAAUGUUUAUUGGAUGCUGAAGCUUUGAAGAUGAACAAAGUAGUUGUGGUUGCUGCUGGUGCUGGUGCUCGCAGGGCGCGUACUGACUGUCAUGAAGUACUUGUCAGCUCCUUUGGAUUUGUCAUUCCAGAAGCUACUGUGGCUAUUGUUGAUCCUGAUACAUUGACGUUAUGUCCUCCUGAUACUACUGGUGAAGUAUGGAUUGAUGCUCCUUCUAUUUCAGGCGGAUUUUGGGCUCUACCUCGUCAUAGUGAAGCUAUUUUCCAUGCCAAACCUACCAUUGUUUCUCCUGAUACAAUGUACCCUGAAAUUUAUAAUCAAGAAUUUCUUCGCACAGGUUUGGUUGGUACUCUUAUUGGUGGUCGUCUUGUAAUCUUUGGCAAUUAUGAAGAUCGUAUCCGUCAACAACGAUUUGGUGAAACUCAUGGAUUGGAAGAGAUUUAUUUCUCAAAUGAUGUGGUUGAUAUUAUUGAAAGUCGAACCUUGAAUGACAAAUGUGUUGUAUUUGAUAUUACUGUGAAUGAUCAACAUCUGCCUGUGGUGGCCUGUGAAUCAAGUGUAGCAAGAACUGAAUUGGCUGGCGUUACUGCAGAAAUAGAAGAAAGUCUUUUAGAACUUCUUGGCAUUCGAUUAUUUGCAGUGGUGGUCGUGGCGAAUAAUGCAUUACCAAGGCAACUCAAACAUGGAAGAAGACAAAUUCAUGCACUCAUGACUAAGCGUGCUUUUUUGAAUGGACAAUUGACAAUUCGAUAUAUACGCAUGGAUGUAGAUCGAACAGUAUUCAAUUUAGCAACAAAUGAUGAUCCAGGACAACAAUCAAUAUGGCGAUCGGGAUUGGCUUAUGAACUCGCUAUUAGACAACGUGUAAUUAUGCCUCAUCAUCAACAGCAACAUACUGGAAUGGAAACAGUACGAUCAGUGAUUGAUGAAAGAACGGAUUUUGAUCUUUCAAAAUUCUCUAAUAUUGUUGACGUCUUACAAUGGAGAACAGCAUUACACCCCGAAGAAACUGCAUUCGUUGGACUGAGUCAUAAUGGAUCUGGUGCAGUGGAAACAAAACCAUAUACUUGGAGGAAAAUCAACUAUACAAUUGCUUCACUGGCUACUUAUUUGAUUAAAAGAGGACUCAAACGUGGACGCAAGGCUCUCGUUGUAGUGCCAUUUAGUGUGGAUUGGAUUUUGGCCAUUUAUGCAUGUCUAGUGAUUGGUGUGACGCCUAUACCCGUUGAUGUACCUGAUCCUCAACAACAACAAGUUCAACGUAUCAAGGAUGAUGUGGAAGUGAUAUUGACUACGGCAAGGGAUCUCAAUGUAACAUAUGUACUGGUGAAUGGAGCAUCUGAAAGCAUUCUCAAGAAUAAACCUGUCAACCCAGCUAUGCGACAAUUACUCACAUCAACAUUCAAGGAUUACAAGUUACCUGAAUUUACCAAUAUCAACAAGGCAGCAAAACAUCACAAAUUGCUAGGAAAGGAAAGUGGAAUGGCUAUACAACCUGAAUGGCUAUCAAGUAGCAAUACGACACCUCCAUUGAUACUUUCACAACUUGGUACGGAUGGAAAGAGAUAUUACCCUGCUUUACGACAUGAAACUAUUCUUCAACAAUGUCGAACACAAAAAACAACUUGUCAAAUGAAAUGGCAGCGUGGUAUUGUGGCCACUGGACUUGGUGCUUGUGAUAAUUUGGGACUUUUAUAUAGUACAUUCUGUGGUGUCUAUGUUGGAUGUAUUACUGUUAUGAUACCAACUGAAGACUUUUAUUUGAAUCCUUUCUCCUUCUUUGAAAUGGUCCAACGAUACAAAGCCAAAGAUAUAUGUGUGACUUUACCAUUGAUGCAAUAUGCAAUGAAUCGAAUGAGUCCAAAUAAUGAUCAACGUCGACUAGCAUUACAUAGUGUACAGAAUAUCAUGAUGAUGACAGAAGGUCGACCUCGUCCUAUCUUUUAUCAACAUUUGUCUCGUUUCUUCUCGUUACAUCGACUGGAAAAGGAAGCUUUGAAUACAACAUACAGUCAUAUUGCCAAUCCCAUGAUAACAACGAGAUCAUAUAUGCUUGUGGAACCCAUUGUACUUGUUGCUGAUCUAUAUUGGUUACGAAGGGGUAUUGUACGGUCAUUACCUUUGGAAGAAGAAUCUCGUGGUGUUGUAUUGAAUGAUUCUGGUAUUGUACCUAGUAAUACAAUGGUGGCAAUUGUAAAUCCUGAAACAAAUACUCUUUGUCCAAGCAAUGUUGUGGGUGAAAUCUGGGUUAGCUCUGACUGCAAUGUAAAACAAUUGUUGACUGGUGGCAAGACAGAAGAAGAUUUAGGAGCAAGUGUAUUGGAAGUGACAUUACCUGGAACGGAUCCAAGAACCAAGUAUAUGCGCACAGGUGAUUUAGGUUUCCUUUGGAAUGUACAACGACGUGGUAAUAUGAUGGAUCCAAUGUUGGAAGAAGGUCAAUGUUUAUAUGUAUUGGGACCCAAAUGUGAAACUCUGGAAAGAAAUGGAUUGAUGCAUUUCCCUGGUGAUGUAGAAACUUCUAUUGAACGAUGUCAUACAGCAAUCCCUGCAAAUGGAAGUAUUGUUGUUCAACAUGGCAAGGAAAUCGUAGCUAUUGUAGCGGUCAAAUCCAAAGAAUAUGCAACAUCAGCUACACCUUUGAUCGUUAGUGCUGUGUUAGAAAAUCAUUCCUUUUUGGUGGAUACUGUGGUGAUUAUUCUACCGACCAAUUUGCCUAGAUCAAGAUUUGGGGAAAAGCAAAGAGACAAGGCUUUGACAGCUUAUGCUGAUAAAAAAUUGUAA